AAAUCCCUCAAUUCAGAGUCCGUGCAUAUAAAAUUCAACGAAUCCAUGCGCAAAAUUGAACACGGAACAGCGCACAUAAACAUAGUUGAAUCCAUGUCUGAUAUACGGGCGGCCGACUGUGAUGAUGAAACGGCCACUAUCACCUCGGAGGAUCUCGUUGAAAGUAGGAACAAUGAUUUUGAUGACAUCUUUGAUGGAGAAUUGUCUGAUGUCGAUACUUAUUGUUCGGGAUGUGAAGAGUCAGAUUACGAAGACUCACCACCAUCCGUACCCACCCCUUUAGUCGACGUCAGUCACUUUGUUGGAUUCACUAGGCUCAAUAAUAAAAUAAUAGAAUCUUUGAUUUAUAAGUUAAAAGAGUACAAGCUCUAUGAGACGAUGGCGAUUCUCAUCAAAAGUGAUAGAUUGAAGAUUGAACCAGAUGAAAUACCAAAAAAGGUCAAGGAAUUGAUUAAACGUGAGGAUGUCGAGGGUUUGAAAAGUGUUAAGGAGGUUUUUCAUAAAGAAGCGGCAAACGUACAAAAGCGGACUGUGCAUAGAUAG